GGGAAGCGCACUGCGCGCUGGCAGCACAAGUACCGGCGGCGGGGACGCUAACAGCGUCUGCCCGGCCCCCUCCGCGAUGUCCAAGGCCGAGGAGGCCAAGAAGCUGGCGGGCCGCGCGGCCGUGGAGAACCACGUGAGGAAUAACCAAGAACUGGGAAUUGGGAGCGGUUCUACAAUUGUCCACGCUGUGCAGCGAAUAGCUGAAAGAGUGAAACAAGAGAAUCUGAACCUCGUCUGUAUUCCCACUUCCUUCCAGGCCCGUCAGCUCAUCCUGCAGUACGGCUUAACUCUCAGCGACCUGGACCGACACCCGGAGACUGACCUCGCCAUCGAUGGUGCUGAUGAAGUAGAUGCUGAUCUCAAUCUCAUCAAGGGCGGUGGAGGCUGCCUGACCCAGGAGAAAAUUGUGGCUGGCAAUGCCAGUCGUUUCAUUGUGAUUGCCGAUUUCAGGAAAGAUUCAAAGAACCUUGGGGAUCAGUGGCACAAGGGAAUCCCCAUCGAGGUUAUCCCGAUGGCCUAUGUCCCAGUGAGCCGGGCUGUGACCCAGAAGUUUGGGGGCGUGAUUGAACUUCGAAUGGCAGUCAACAAGGCAGGUCCCGUGGUGACAGAUAAUGGGAAUUUUAUCCUGGACUGGAAGUUUGACCGGGUGCACAAGUGGAGUGACGUGAACACAACUAUCAAAAUGAUCCCCGGCGUGGUGGACACGGGCCUGUGCAUCAACAUGGCAGAGAGAGUCUACUUCGGGAUGCAGGAUGGCUUGGUGAACGUGAGGGAGAAGCCUUUCUGAACUGGCCCUGCAGGAGCGGAGUGUGUUCCCCUGGCAUCCCCAGCCCACCCGCCCAGGCAGACAUGCCUCUCCACGAGCCUUUGCCUUAAUGUAUCUGUGCCAG